AUGAAUCACCAAGACAACCAGAAACCUGCUUGCAAGCGCGUCGCUGACAUGCUUGACGGCACGGUGAAGGAGGGACUCUACCGAGUUGAGCCUGAGCUCAAAAAUCCUCGCAAGUUCCUGGAAGCGACCCAGGAGGCGCAACAAGUCGCUCUUAGAACACUCUACGAGGACAAAGAAGUCAGAAGUCCGAUCUCCCAGGGUGCCAUGGAGUGUCAUAUCACAACAGCACUAUGGAAGAAGUACUUCCCACAUGGCCGAGGAAGCCCAGCGGAACCGCUCCGGGCCUUUUGCGAGGAGCUGUGCCCAAAUCCAGACCAGCGUUGGGCCUGUUACCUGAACCGGAGACUAAAAGAGGAAGAGGAUCGCAACCCGCGAUCACAAAAGCGACCACUGGAGGAGAGCAUCAUCACCUCAACACCACCAUCCCCGUACAAAACAGCUCAGAACUUAAAGCAGGUUGAGGCUGCAGUUACUGAGACAAACCCACAGCUUUUAUCCUCCCCCCGCAAGACACCUCGGGCCGGGACAGACGCAAGCGAUCCCAACGGCAAAGGCAAGCCGGCCGACACCCAAAUGUCCCUGGCCAGUACAACACAUACUUCCACUCCGCAGUCGCCGCCCAAGCCAGAAGUCUCACAACUUCGGUCACCUACCCUUUACCAGGACAUCCUCACAGCCAAGUGUCUUCAGGAAAGGAUGGGUGUGAGAUGGUUCCCAUCAGACGACAACACAAACGUGAAAGCCGUGUUGAUCGGCGACGUAUACGUUGCAGCAAGUGCCACGUUUAUGAGAGACCAUACCGUGACCGAGGUAAAGGAGGAGCUGGCUCGAAAGAUCCUGGAUACUUGUAGCGAAAUGCGGCUUUACUGCAUCAGCCGGACGAGGAAAAGGGAGACGUGGGUCGAGUUGCAACGCCUGCUUUCAUAG